ACUGCACUCUCUGAAAAGCGCGGGAAGAACUUCCUGUGUUUCCUUUCAACAAUUGCGGGAAGAGCUUCCUGUCUAUUGCCACAGUUAAAACGAGAAAUCACAAACAAAAUAAAAAAGAAAUGGGAGAAUUAGAACCAGACUUCUCUGCGUUUCCUUUCAAACCUUACUCGAUUCAAAAAGAUUUCAUGAAAUCUCUGUACAGUUUUCUCAACAAAGGAGGCGUUGGCAUGUUUGAAAGCCCUACUGGAACUGGUAAAACCCUAAGUAUUAUAUCUAGUGCAUUGCAAUGGGUAGUAGACAGGAAAGAACAAAUGAAAUCUGAAACUUCUAGGGUUUUAAAUAAUCCGAAGGAUCAAUGUGUUUCUGAUGAUGAAGAGCCAGAUUGGAUGAAAGAUUUUGUAUUAGAUAAUAAGAAAAAUUUGGAUGGAGAUAAGAAGAAGAAGGAUAAAAAGUUAGGGUUUGGGGGUAAGGUUUUGGGUGAGAAGAAAUCAUGUAGAGAUUUGUUUAAUGAUAAUGAGGGUGUUGAAUUGGGGGAGAAGGUAAAGAAGAAGAGUGAAAUUAAAGUUGAAUUGAGUGAAGAAGAGGAGUUUUUAGUGGAAGAGUAUGAGAGUGAUGAUGAAAAUGGAGAUGGAGUGAGAUUAAAGAGAAAAGCUGGUGGUAAUUCUUCAAGUGAUGAUGACGAUGAGGAGGAUGGGUUGGAGGAGGAGGAGGAAGAGGAUUUGAAGGUUUAUUUUUGUAGUCGAACACAUUCUCAGCUUUCACAAUUUGUUAAGGAGUUAAGGAGGACAGUCUUUGCUACUCAGCUAAAUGUUGUUUCGUUAGGGUCCAGAAAGAAUAUGUGUAUCAAUGAAGAGGUUUUGAAGCUUAAUAAUUCAGCUCGAAUCAAUGAGCGAUGUCUGGAACUUCAAAAGAAUAAGAAUUCAAGUGUCUCUAAAGUUAAGGUCCAGGCUGAUGGAGGAAGAAUACGGAGGACCAAGGCUUCUGCUGGAUGUCCAAUGCUUAGGAAGCAUAAGUUACAGAAACAGUUCAAAACUGAGGCCUCUGAACAAGAUGCCUUGGAUAUCGAGGAUCUUGUCCUCCUUGGAAACAAGAUUGGCACUUGUCCAUAUUAUGGCUCCCGGAAAAUGACCCCUGCAGCUGAUCUUGUGGUUCUUCCCUAUCAAUCUCUUCUCUUCAAGUGUGCUCGUGAAUCUCUUGGUCUAAAACUGAAGAACAGUAUUAUUAUUAUAGACGAGGCCCACAAUCUUGCUGACUCCCUAACCAGCAUGUAUGACUCAAGAAUCUCUUUUUCACAGUUGGAGAAGGUACAUAGACACCUUGAGCUGUAUUUCGAAAGGUUUAGAAAUUUACUUGGAGCCGGCAAUAGAAGAUAUAUCCAGACCCUGAUGGUUCUUACUCGUGCUUUUCUCAAAGUGUUACUUGGCGACAAGGAUUCCAACUUACAUAGUCUUGGUGAAAAGUCAUCUGAACAAAAUGUUAGUGAUUCUUCCAUGGCCAUCAAUGAUUUCCUGUUUUUGCUUGACAUCGACAACAUCAACUUAGUAAAGUUGCGUCACUAUAUUAAGGAGAGUAAUAUCAUCCACAAGGUCAGUGGAUAUGGAGCUAAACGUGUCGGUUUUGAAAGAGGUGGUGAUAUUCUUAAUGACAGUGUAAGUGUUGUGGAGGGCAGCACAUUAUCUGGGUUUCAGGCAUUUGUCAGUAUCUUGCUGUCGUUGACCAAUAAUGAUGGUGAUGGGAGAAUAAUAAUCUCUAGGAGAAGACAUCUGAACUCUGUUCAAAAAGAAGAUGGAUUCGUAAAAUAUGUCAUGCUCGCUGGAGAGAAGAUCUUUUCCGAGGUAGUAGAACAAGCGCAUGCUGUUGUGCUGGCUGGAGGCACUCUUCAGCCUAUUGAAGAGACAAGGGAACGUCUCUUCCCAUGGCUACUUCCAGACAAGUUGCACUUUUUUUCAUGCGGUCAUAUUGUCCCCCCUGAGAGUAUUUUGCCAAUUGCUGUUUCGCAUGGACCAUCGAGCAUGUCUUUUGAUUUUAGUUACAGUUCUCGAACCUCUCCAAACAUGAUAGAAGAGCUAGGGCGUUUACUUUGCAAUUUAGUGACAGUGGUACCUGAGGGAAUGGUGGUGUUCUUCUCAUCAUAUGAGUACGAAGCACAGGUACAUGAUGCAUGGAAGAGUUCAGGCACUCUUACAAGGAUUAUGAAGAAAAAGCGUUUAUUCAGGGAGCCAAGGAGUAACAUUGACGUGGAUGCCUUUCUAAGGGAAUACAAAGAAACUGUGAUAAACUUAUCAGGCAACCAUCCUAAAGAGGGUCCAGUAUCCCAGAAUGGUGCAUUACUUCUAGCUGUAGUUGGUGGAAAGAUAUCUGAAGGUAUAAACUUUAGCGAUGGAAUGGGCCGAUGCGUAGUUAUGGUUGGACUUCCCUAUCCUAGCCCGUCUGACGUUGAGUUGUUGGAGAGGGUAAAACAUAUUGAAGGACUGGGCUACUCAAAUACUAGCAAUACACCCAAACUUGGGGUCAGUAAUAAAUUGGCCAAUGGGGAUGCUGCUCAAGCUGGCUUUUCGGUUCUAAAAAGUUGCAACAGAAGAGGGAGAGAAUACUAUGAAAACCUCUGCAUGAAGGCAGUAAAUCAAUCAAUCGGUAGAGUAAUUCGGCACGCUAAGGAUUAUGCUGCAAUUUUGUUGGUUGACUCACGUUAUGCAUCUUAUCCAUCACAAAUGAGCUUCUCUCACUCAGCUAACAAGCUCCCCAAGUGGAUUAAAGAUCGUCUUGUUUCCAGCACUCAGAAUUACGGGGAAGUUCAUAGACAGUUGCACCAGUUCUUCAAAUUCAACAAGGGAAGAUGUAAUCAAUGAAGAUUAUAAUGAGAAAGAUGUAUCAGAACAGAGAUACAGAGUAUAAAAAUACUGUUCUUAAUGAGUCAUAACCUGGACAGGCUUGUAGCAUUUUACAGAGAUAAAUUAGAUGUUAAAGUUCUCAUUCAUGUACAGAAGUAUACAAGGGGUUUGAUCAAGUUGCAUAUACAAAUUAGUGUGAAGGGGUGAAUGCAAGAGAGGCUGCAGUUCUACAUGAGUUAUGCCCUUAUUUACCUGAACAAGGAGCAGCCUUUGGAGUUUAUCUUUUACUGGGUUGAGUAAUCCACUAACAACAAGCAGACAAGUGUGAAGUGUAUAGUUAC